GUUUGUUUAAAAGUCAUGUACUCUAACCUAAAUUUGUACUGAUUAAAUUAAAUAAAUAUGAGUUUAAAAUGGCUCACAGUAAAUUCCAGGUUAAUAAAUGGUACAGGAUUAAUAAAUUCCAUGACAACCAUAAAGUUUAAACUUCUAUUGACUCACAUAGUAAAUACCAAAAACGAGGAGCUAUUCACCGAUGAAGAAUUGAAAAAGUUAAAAGAUUCUCUAAAAUUAACAGAAGACAAUUUGCAACUGUUGAUUCAAAGUAUCGCAUAUAUUUUCAAGCAGGCCAGUAAGGUUAUAAUCAAACCAACGGUUCUGCAAAAACAGUUGAUAGAAGAUUUGGGGUUAGAUGCUGAAAAAGCCGAAGAGUUUGUUAAGCUAUGGUCUAGUGAAACUAAGAAGGACGUCGGCGAUUUUGAAAAUAGUUUCAAACUACAGGAUGUUAACUGGGAGCUAAAUUUGGAAACUGCGAAUCAAAUUUGUAAUAAGCAGGUGAUACCGAAGGCUAGGGUUCAGUUCAAACUAGCAAAGUCGGCUGAUAGCAGCAAAAAAGACACAGUUACAGUCGAGUUCGAUGAAGAGGAAUUGCUCCAUCUGUAUAGUACGCUUGAGACUAUACAAAUUAAAUUAGAUAAUCUUCAUAAUACUGGCAAUUAGAUAAUGAUAUAAAAUUUACUUUUAAGGUCCAUACAUUUUAUUGAAUUUUAAGUUAUAUGCCUGUAAAAAUUAUUCACAAUAACUAGUUAAUAAAUUGUUUUUAU